AUGCGCUUUUUCUCUCCAAGCGCGGAUUUUUCGGGCUGUCUCCGCGGCUGGGCUGUCGCCGGGCGCCGGAUCCUGCGGAAAGACUUGCGGGCAGCUUCAUUCUGCGUUUGCUUUGACAUCCGAUCCCUCAAGAUGACGAGGCACCUGCAUUUCUCUUCAGUCUUCAGUUUCUUUGCAGUUUUCUGCUGCUAUCACGCACAGGCACACAUGUGUGGAGAGCAGGAGUACCGGAGCACCAAAGGGCCAUGUCUUCCCUGCUCGGGGUGUCCACCAGGCGAGGAGCCAGACAGAAAAUGUGGCUUUGGGGAAGGACUGGGAAUGAUUUGCAAGCCGUGCUCCGCAAACGCCUUCUCUUCCGGCUAUGGGUUGGAACUCUGUUCCUUGCAUACUCACUGUGAGGACAAGAAGAGAGCCUGGAUCAGUCCUGGAACACCUGCAGCAGACAGCAUGUGUGGGGACUGCAUGCCAGGGUAUUACAGCCCCGAAGGCGAGACAGACCCUAGAACUACCUGCCUGCCUUGUUCGUCAGCCCCCAAAGGCAUGCCCGGAUGUCCAGGGUCCAGGAAGUGGCUGACCCGUCUGGCUCGGAAUGCCGAGGCCUCGCACAGGCGGGACGACAAGACGUUGCUGAACGGCACCCGAGACGGGAAGCCGGAGGAGAACGCCACCCAGUAUGCCGUCUUGGCCAUUGUGCCGGUCUUCUGUGUGAUGGGCCUCCUCGGCAUCCUCUUCUGCAACUUGCUGAUGAAGAAGGGCUACCACUGCACGGCGCAGAAGGACGAGGAGGGAGCCAAAGCCGAGAGGAACGGCAAUAGUUCAGCCUACCGCAUAGAAGAUGCGAACGAAGACACCAUCGGUGUUCUUGUGCGCCUGAUCACGGAGAAAAAAGAGAAUGCUGUUGUCCUGGAGGAGAUGCUGAAGGAGUAUCACAGCAAACAACUCAUGCAGCCCGUUUACAAACCUGCGAACAAGUUGCAACUCCUGCCCCAGAUCCCUCACAUCUGCCGGCACCAGCACCAUCUUCACACGGUCCAGGGCUUAGCCACCCGUUCGGGCCCCACCUGUACCCGCUGCAGCCAGAGGAAGUGGCCCGAGGUGCUGCUUUCCCCAGAAGCCGCUGCUGUAGCCGCCAGCAGCGCCGGUGUCAAGCCAGCAAAACCAGGAAGCAAGGUUGGCCGGCCGGGAGAAAUCACCAUCCUCUCUGUGGGCAGGUUCCGUGUCGCCCGGAUCCCAGAACAGAAGCCCAGCCCCUCAGAAGUGAAAACCAUCUCUGAGAGCGCAGGGGCUGAGUCAACCGAGCCCCCCUACGCCUGCCUAGUUCCGGAGCAAAAACCGAUCCUUGGAAAUAGCGUGAAGCCAAAAUGGCUUACGACGGGAGAUGGCCAGCAAGAGGACAGCCCACUUAUUGUUAGACUCGGAGAGACUAACCUGGUUAUCUGAAGGUAAUCAUCUGACUGCGCCGUACCACACCAGAUGUGGAACAGCAGCUAAAUUGGA